CGAUUUAGUGAGGUGCCUGCCCACUAUGGUGGCCUAUAGCGCACUAUUUGUAGGGGUUAGGUGCUAAUGAGUUGGUUCAGCGCCAUCACUCCAGCGUUGUUGCCUUGAGUGAGAGCCAAAAUUCAACCGCCUCUUUCAUCAUCAUCAUCAUCAUCAAUAAUUCUAGUAACUUGCUAUUCGCGCGAACUGCGGGCGAGGCAUAUCGAUAUCUUCUAUAUUUACUGGCAAGCCGACGAUGAUAUACUGACACGAUAAUGUGCCUUCUUGCGCUGUCUAAUUGCGGGAUUUCAGUGCUAGCGUUUCAGAGGGGCGAUCACCACCACUGCGCUGGAAUGCCUUCACAAUGUCGACAUUCAAGGGCAUCGUAUCCGAAUUUCCCGGAAUAAGAGUUGAUUUCUUUCGGCAACAGGCCGGUUUCACCCCCCCUCUAGCUUGUUUCCUCAGUCACAUUCACAGCGACCAUCUCGCUGGACUUGAGACUUUUGAUGGGUGCUUUAUAUACUGCUCAGCAGCGACUAAGGAACUUCUGCUUCGACUAGAGAAGAAAUCUGUCCGCUUAAAUUACGCCAGGGGCAUACUGGAGGAUCCUCGGCAACAGACCUAUAAACAUCUCGAGAAGAAGCUGAAACCCCUUCCACUUGACACGCCAAUCAGCAUAGAACUUCUCCCGGGUUACACCAUACAGGUCACACUCCUAGACGCUAAUCACUGCGUGGGAGCUGUGAUGUUCCUAUUCGAAGGUGGGGAUAAAGCUGUGCUGUACACAGGAGACAUCAGAUGUGAACCACGGCUCAUCACCGCCAUCACGCAAAAUCCGAACAUGAUUGAGUACUCGUCUGGGAUGGAGAUACUUGAUCGGAUUUACUUAGACACCUCGGUUCUAGACGACUACACCCUGCAACCCAAAGCAGAAGGUUUGCAAGAACUCCUAGAGAAGCUACGGAAAUAUCCGGCGGAUACCAUCUUCCACUUCCAAGCAUGGACCUAUGGUUACGAAGAGGUCUGGGUCGCUUUAUCCAAAGCACUAAACUCAAAGAUCCAUGUCGACAACUACAAGAUGCGAGUUUUCGAAUCGUUAGUCACAAAGCCGAAAGAUAACCGGUGGGCUAUUCAAACGCAUCUGGCUAAAGAAGCACCCGCUCUCGUCGGAUUUACAUGUGGGAACAGCUUACACGAGGGAUGUUUGACACGCGAUGAGAAUGUUAGAAUUCACAGUUGCGAGAAGGGUAUGGGUUGUAGUGUGAUGGAUACUAAGCCAAUCGUCUGGAUCCGCCCAAUUGUCACGCACCUUAAGGAUGGGCGAGAUGUAAUGGAAGUCGGCAUCGGUGGCGGUGGCGAGGACCUCGCACAAGCUUCAGUCUUAACGCCAGAAGACAUCUUAGAGAUCUUGCAAUUGAUGUCUGUCAAUCAUAGGUUACCCGCAGAACUACACGCAUCCAUGGACAUGCUUAAGAAAACCCUGAGCAGUGGUCGGGAUAUAAGCUUACUCGCCGAUCUCGAUGGGACAGCAGAAGAUCCUGUUACUCAGUUAGUAAAGUCGUUACUCUGCAAGCUUGAAGCAAUCCGCAACCCGACUAAGGAGAGAGACGAGACCAGUGUCACCCAGACGCUCCCUAACGUGAUUCGUUUUCCGUACGCGCGGCAUUCAUCCCUACCUGAGCUUCGAGAGUUCACCCGUGUAUUCAAAGCGCGGGAUAUCACGCCCUGUACUUUCGAUGCCGACCUAUGGCUACAGAAGGGUUGGUCAAUUGCUAAUCUAUUUGGCGCCUGUUGUUCCGGCGAUACAUUCGAAUACGAUGGGAUCCUUGAUCGCAGGGCCAAAGAACUAGCUGUAUUACAACAAGAUACAGAACGCGACGAUGGUUCUCAGCAAACUUCCAGUUCCAAUCUACCUGCAUUAAGCCCCGUGGGGCAGCAUCCGGUGGAAGAUUUGCAUGCAUCCAACGCCGCCACAUCCAUAUCCAGUUUAUCAACACCGAAUCCAGUGGAAACACGACAGGAAUAUGGAUUUGCCUCAUCUGACCAAGUUACAGACGAUCUUGACUCCGAUUACCCAGACCUGCAGGGUGAUUCGCAGGCCUCAACCAUAUCCGAUCGAGCUUAUGCAACUCGGCGCAUAGCAUAUGACACGGCCAUCGCCAAUAUCGAUGGCUCCUCGUGGGGGACGUUUGGAUUGAUUUCUACUACCGAUAAUCACACCCAUCCAGAGGAGGAAUUAGGACAUCACAUCUCAGCUGGAGAGAAGACUAUCCCUGGCUCACCUGAUCUUUCUGCUUUAUGACACAUGUAGUAGCUCUACUAAGCUUGAUGAGGAAGCAAUUGAUAGACAGACUAGAUCUAGUAUACUUUUAGCUAGACUAUUGCCAUAAUCUUCGAGAUACCAUCAUAUCAUAUACCCAAGUGCUCAUAGCUACAAGGUGAUAGCAUAAUCCUGACUACUUCCCUCAACAUG